AGAGAAAAUUCGUCAUUGAAUGGCUGAAGAGCCGGGACGUGUAAAGAUUGUGAGAACCCCGCGAUUAUAUCGUUGCGCUGCAAAUGUAUUUCGUGGAGUUAUUGGUCGCGACGCGUCUCUGAAAGCUCUUAUUCACAGUGUGAAGCAUCCGAACAAGCGUGGAAUUCAAGGCCUUGUUUGCAAGACUCUACAACAUUCCAGUGAACUCGAUCACAUCCUCGAAGGCACGGAUUUUCUGUCGAAAGCAAAAGUAGACGAAAAUCUCGGAAAAGUUUUGAUUGCCGAGCUGCUUUGGGGGAAGGGCUUUGUUCAGGGAGAUUCUUCUGCCGUCAAAGCAGUCCCCGCCGGACGUGUUCAGGCCUUGAAAAGGAAUCUGCGCCCCAUUUUGCGGAGGAAUAAAGCUCACUUUGAAACCGUUGGCGAGAUGGAAAAUCAAGUGGAUACCCGCGGACAACCCGCCGUCCCCGUGAAUAAUCCCAGUAGUGUACUAGCCGGACUGGCAUGGUACAGUUUUCUCAUGAUGACUAUGCCUCUCGGUGUUUUCGUCGGCAUUCGACGCGUGGGCGAUGAUUUUAACCUUUUCGGCGAUAGCAAAUUCCAUAGUUACGCUUGUGCUGCGAUCGGCGCGGUGUUGACGGUGUAUUUGGUUAUUGCCAAGUAUGUGCAUCGGGCGUAUGUUGAAGAUUCGCAAGAAUCUGUUGCCGACGCUGGGGGCGACGUGGGCAGAUCACCAGAGGCCUCGCAAACGCUUGCCCCUGCUCACAAAAAGGAAGAUUGA